AGUUCAGCGAACUCCAGCCGGGAAGAGUCGAGUACUGAGAGAAAAUGGAAGCAGCUGCAUAUCAGCCUUACCUGGAUUCUAUUCAGAAAGAAUUACAGGCACAGGACCCAGCUGUACUUGGGGUUCUCGUCGCCCUGGUGGUGGUCAUACUCUCCAUAAUUUUCGUGAAGAUUGUUUGGCGUGGAAAACCCACCAGGAGAGCAGUGUUGUUGGUUGGACUCUGUGAUUCUGGAAAAACUCUCAUCUUCAGCAGAUUACUGUCGGGAAAAUUUAAGAAGACCCAGACCUCCAUAACUGACAGCUCUGCCAUAUACAGUGUUAAAAGUGAAAAGGGUCGUGGCUUAACACUGGUUGAUCUUCCUGGUCACGAGAGUCUGCGGCCUCAGUUUAUGGAGAGGUUCAAGUCUGCUGCCAGGGCUGUUGUGUUUGUUGUGGACAGCGCUGUGUUUCAGAAGGAGGUGCGAGACGUGGCAGAGUUUCUGUACUCCCUCCUUACCGAUGCUGAAAUUGUGAAGAAUGCCUCAGCUCUGGUGGUCACCUGCAACAAACAAGAUAUCGCAAUGGCAAAGUCUGCUAAAGUUAUUCAACAACAAUUGGAAAAGGAACUCAACACCCUGAGAGUGACCCGCUCAGCAGCUCUGAACACUCAGGAUGGUUCUGCUGCUGGAGGUAUUGUGCACCUGGGCAAGAAGGGCAAAGAUUUUGAAUUCUCUCAGCUACCCAUGAAGGUGGAGUUUGUGGAGUGCAGUGCCAAAGGGUACAAGGGAGAGGAUGGAGAGGCUGACAUUGAGCAGCUUGAGAAGUGCCUGGCUAGGAUUUCAUGAGCUGACUACAUGGUGCACCUCACAUUAAAAGGGUUGCAGACAGAUCUGGCUAUUGGUCUCCCUCCAUCCGAACGCAUGCCCUUGACAUCACAAAGCAGCAAUGGAAAAUAAUGGCUUAACAUUGUACACCUCGAGCCACAAUAAGUAUGGCUUCUUGAUGACAAGUGUCCUGCUGAACAUAUUUUAUGGAUGGGCAAAGGAUAUUUUAUUCUCUGCGCCUAUACCAUUGCUGCUCUUUUAAAUUGCUUUUUUUUUUUUUUUUUUUUUUUUUUUUUUUAUCUUGUCCUGCAACUACUCAGCAGAACUAUUAAGUUUGGCUGGAUUUGUUUUGAGGUAAAGUUUAUUCUUAAUUUGACUUGCAUUUGUUGUGUUUUAAGGGCAAAGAAAACCCCAUUAAUUUAUUUUUGAGCAUGUACAACAGUAGACGUAGUAUGUUGUUGUGUAUGGACAAGUUGCAACAUAAGACAUUUGACCUUUGCCAAAAGCGAACAAGACAGGCUAUAAAUGAAAUGCAUGUGUUUUUAGAAGAUGUACAGUGCAGCUUCCCUUAAACUUCAAGGUGUUGAAUACAAGACAGUGAAAUGCCAUUUGACAUAGGAAACUAUUACUAGUUUAAUGUAUGCCAACACUUUUUACAAGGGGGUACAUCCCUCCACACUUGCCUGUUUUGUUCACUGUCUGGACCCGUUGGGCAUGUUACAUGUGUCAAAUCUCUAUGGAAACUGCACCCAGUCCUUUCAAUGGAUCUCAGCUGUCUUUAUCAGUGGGUAGAGAAUGUGAGCAAGGACAUCAAUAAAGCUCAUUGAGUAACUGCUGGUGGUAAAUGGGGAAGGGGGCUAGCUUGCAGUGCUGUCCACAAAGAUGUUAUGAUCAUUUCCAUGAAGACCUAUUUUAUAUGAUCUCUUGAGCUUGUGUUAGCGAGUUUGAUUUGUACUGUUGCCUUACUCAGAGAUCCAGUAUCUAACUCCUUCAAGAGAAAAGCUUGUAAAUUAGGAUUGAAUAUUUUAUUACUAUGGAUAGAGGUCUCUUUUUGCUCAGUAAUUUGUAAACUGUAAUUUGUUUUUUAUGCAAUAGUGUAAUUUAUUUAAAACAUGUACUUUAGCCGAUUUUCAUUUUGUGAUAUUCUGAUUAAAGUUUUCAUUAAUA